AUGGAACGGCCCUUCUUCAUUCUGGCUGCGGCCGUGGCCUGCUGGGCUCCUUGCGCCACGGCCGAGCCCAAGCCUGCGUUCCCACGGCAGAUGAGUUACAAGUGCACCAUGCGCGUCAGCCUGGACUCCCACGACCUCUUCGCAGGCAACAACUUCAGCGGGACGCACUACCUGAAUGCCGACCUCCAGGUGAUGAGGACCGAGUGGCUCAUGACCUGCCCCGGUAGCACUUGUGGUCGCUUCGGGCCCAACCCGACCUCCGUCGGCAUCAACGCCCACGGCCGGGAGCAGGCGAUGUACCAAACUACGGUCAACGAGAGGUUACCGCCAGGACCUGGCAAGGCACAAGCCGUGCAGUGCCGCAAGCUGCCAAUGCACCAACCGGUUUUCAAUGAAAGCUGGGCCGGUGGGGCCCUCUACCGGGGUGUUCACUACCUAGAUGGGCAGCUUUGCCAUCGGUGGUCCAAUACAGUCCCUUGGGCGGUGCAGCGUGUCCAACGAAUCUCGGACUUCUACUCAGACUUCUACACGAAUCUGCCCGUGGCCUCCAUCAGCGAGGACGGCGCCAUCGACCUGCGAUUCUUCGAUUUGAAUCUGCAGCCAAUGCCAGAGUCGCUCUUUGAUCCCACCGGACUCCAUUGUGGAGACUGUGACGGCGAUUGCGGCCCAAACUCGAUGCUGCACUCGAUGCUCGUGUAA